AUGCGCGUGUAAGAGGAAAAGGGUGGCGAUCCCAGAUAAAAAUUAAGUAGAUGUUUCCUGUUUCUCGUUUCAUUUUCUUUCUGUUUGAAGAACCCUGGGGCCUCCCAGGGAGUAGCUCUCCACCUCUGGGAGGGUCUGUGUAUGUUUCCUCCUCCUGGAUUGGCUCCUGAGGCCUUUUAAGUGAGGGCUUUGUUCUGUGAAAAGCGCAGGUCAGUAGAGCUACAUGCUGCUACUGUUUGGGAAAAGGGGAAAAAAAAAAAAAAAAAAAGCUGAGUAAUGCUGGAGUCUUCUCUCGUGGCUGAUGCAAACCUGGAGAAUUUGCAUCAUCAUUUAGCCGGAGUAAGUUGGUGUGUCGGGAACUUAAAGCCCAGCGCGUGAGGAAGCCGAGCUAGUUUCUAAUGAUAGGGCUGGAGCAGCCGCGCUUGGAGCUGCGGCAGCAGCAACCUUAGGGACGGAAACUAGGGUUCGGACAGCCACGGAAGGCACAGGUGUUCUGGAAAAGUCAUUAGCGAGAGUAACACACGCCUUUGGGGUCCCUACCUGGGAGCCCCAGAGCAGCGUUAAAGGCACCAGAAAAAGAAACAAUCCGAACUCAGGGAUCAGGGAGACUAGACCUUAGUUUGAAAGUUUUUCUCCUCCUCCCUUUUACUUCUUUCCCCACCUCCAUAUCCACCUCGUCCCAUCCUCCUCCUCUUCUUCCUUUUUUUUCUCCUUUUUUUUUUUUUUUUUGCACUUUUUGCUUUUUUCUUUCUGCUCUCCCACUAUGGUCAGGAAGCCCGUGAUGCCCGCCAUCUCCAAUGGAGGCUAUCUCCAGGGGGAUGCUCGUGGCCACUUGGACUCCAUGGGCAGCAAAGAGGCCCUGGAGCAGGAAAAGAUGGUGCUGAAGAAAAAGAUCACGCUGCUAAGGGGCAUCUCCAUCAUUAUUGGGACCAUCAUCGGGGCUGGCAUCUUCAUCUCCCCCAAAGGAGUUCUCCAAAACACGGGCACAGUGGGCAUGUCUCUGGUCGUCUGGUCGGUCUGUGGACUCCUCUCUCUAUUUGGGGCUUUGUCUUAUGCUGAAUUGGGGACAUGUAUAAAGAAAUCUGGUGGACACUACACUUACAUCUUGGAAGUCUUUGGCCCAUUACCAGCUUUUGUCCGAGUCUGGGUGGAACUACUCAUAAUACGCCCUGCUGCCACUGCUGUGAUAUCCUUGGCAUUUGGACGCUAUAUCCUGGAACCAUUUUUUAUUCAGUGUGAAAUCCCAGAACUUGCAAUCAAGCUAAUUACGGCCGUGGGCAUCACGGUGGUCAUGGUUCUCAAUAGCAUGAGUGUCAGCUGGAGUGCCCGGAUCCAGAUUUUUUUAACCUUUUGUAAGCUUACAGCAAUUCUGAUAAUUAUAGUCCCUGGAGUUAUGCAACUAAUUAAAGGUGAAACCCAGCACUUUAAAGAUGCCUUUUCUGGAAAUGAUGCCAGUAUUAUGAGAUUACCAUUGGCUUUUUAUUAUGGAAUGUAUGCAUAUGCUGGUUGGUUUUAUCUCAACUUUGUUACUGAAGAAGUAGAAAAUCCUGAGAAAAAUGUUCCUCUUGCAAUAUGCAUAUCAAUGAUCAUAGUCACUGUUGGCUAUGUCCUAACAAAUGUGGCUUACUUCACUACCAUCAGUGCUGAAGAGUUACUGCUCUCCAAUGCCGUGGCAGUGACCUUUGCAGAAAGGCUUUUGGGAAAAUUCUCAUUAGCCGUUCCAGUUUUUGUUGCCCUUUCCUGUUUUGGCUCCAUGAAUGGGGGUGUUUUUGCUGUCUCCAGGUUGUUUUAUGUUGCUUCCCGUGAGGGUCACCUUCCAGAAAUCCUCUCCAUGAUUCAUGUCCGCAAGCACACUCCUCUGCCAGCUGUCAUCGUUUUGUACCCUUUGACGAUGAUAAUGCUUUUCUUCGGUGAUCUUUAUAGUCUUUUGAACUUCCUCAGUUUUGCCAGGUGGCUUUUUAUUGGGCUAGCAGUUGCGGGACUGAUUUAUCUCCGAUACAAACGGCCAGAUAUGCAUCGUCCUUUCAAGGUGCCGCUGUUUAUCCCAGCUCUCUUUUCCUUCACAUGCCUUUUCAUGGUGGCCUUGUCCCUUUAUUCUGAUCCUCUCAGUACCGGGAUAGGUUUUGGGAUCACGCUGACUGGUGUCCCGGCAUACUAUUUCUUCAUUGUCUGGGACAAGAAGCCAAAGUGGUUCCAGAGAAUAUCAGAUAGAAUAACCAGAACCCUGCAAAUAUUGCUGGAAGUUGUACCCACAGAAGAUGGCCAUAAUAAGUCAUGAUCAAUUGAAUUCCAAAGAAGGCGCCAUAUGUUGAUGUUCUACACUUACCUGUUUCUAUCUGAGGCGAAAUGAAAAUGAGAAACUGCUUCUUGAGAUUCCAGAGGAUUACAAGACUGGGUUACGGCUUAGAUCUCAAAGGAAACAAGUAUUUCCAAGCAGUAGUUUUCUUAUGUGUUCAAACCUGUGUUCAAGAAGUUUAGGUGUACCUUCAAGUACACGUCUAGAGAGCCAUUCACACUGUCCUUUUUAGGGGCAGACACCUUUUGUGGGCAGGGGAAGGAGAGAUAAUGACAAACCACUCUUAUAAUCUUUCUCCGUGACAUUGCCUAACUGAAUCCUAGGGUCUUCAAAUUGAAGGCCAUGGGACAUUUUCUGUAUUACACGUGUUAUUUUUUUUUUUUUUCUGUUGUUGUUUUGUUUUUUGGUUUUAAUGGUUUUACAUGUUCUAGGUAGAUAAACUGUGAAAAGUGUUCUCUGCUCUUUGGACUUGUCACUCAACUUGAUUGUGAUGUGAGAUUGGGUGACAGGAGUCCAUCUUAACUUUAAAUCUUCAACCCAUAACUCUUCCUUCUUGUUUCAUUUGCACUGUACUAGUCCUCCAAAUAGUCACACUGGCUUAGGUAUCACUAUUCCUUUUUUAACAAACUGAAAAGGGAUGCAACUCUUUUUUUUUUUUUUUUUUUUUUUUGAGUGCAUUAAAAGAGAGGCGCUUUGGGGCUUUUUUUUUUUAUCAGUUUUAUUCAGCAAAUGUGCUGACCUGAAAACAUGAUUUGUUUAUUUAUUGUGAAGAUUUUUAAUCAUAGGGCCAUGUAAGAAAUUAGGCAAAGUCCUUUUGUUCCUUGUGAGGAGGAUGAAACGGAAAGGACCCAGGUCUUCACCCUUUUCCAAAUCAGUCCAUUUUAAAUUCUCCCAAUAAACAACACUUUUAGCACUAGAUGUUUUUAGGCCCUAUCUCACCUGGAAAAAAAAUAACUUCCUGUUGAAUAUAUAAGAAAAUAUAUUUUUUUUGAAUCUUCAAAGAACCAACAUCAACAUUUAAAAUGUUUCACCCAGGUGGGGAAAUUGCCCAACCACAUCCUUGCACUCAUAUCUGUAUUGUAUGCACUGUUUCUUUUUUAAAAGGAGGAGAUUUUUGUAUUUGAAUACUUUUACAGAGUGAUAAAUUUAAAGUGUUCCUGUAUUUUAUACAUAAUUUUAUUAAAAAAGAAAACCAAAAACAGUUGAAUAAGAUUUUGGUGUAUUAUACUGAAUGAACAUUCAACUGGGAUUUAGAUGAUUUUAAUUUUAGGGCUGUCUCCCACAACUGAGGGUAGGUGACUUUGACUAUACAACUUUAUCACAAUAGUCCUCAGUUGCUUCAUAUCUAAAAUUCAGAUUUAUGGCUGAACUUUUGUAUCUUGUGAAACAGAAGAUGGAGGCGAGGGAUAGAGUAGAAGGAAUUCACUUGGGGAUUAGCUACCAGGGACAAAAAGCGCACCUUAUGAUGGGACUUUGGUACCAUCUGAUUAUUUAAAUGUUGUUGAUGUGGGAUAAAGUUCAGGUUUUCCUGGUCUAAUUAAGGUCCUGGUAAAAUAGAAGAGAUGAAUUGUUAACAUCUCCAAGUUUAUGUUCUAUGAUUCUACAAACUGUUCAAAUUGUUUGAGUAAAAAUGUCUAUUUACAUGAAAGACUGAGGGGUAGGUGUGUGGAAUAUUGUUACUAAAAAUUGGAUGUGGAAUUGUUACUAAAGAUUGACAUUUUGUUCAAGAAUUGUCAGUAAUUUCAAUGUAGAGAUUAAUUUCAGAGGGAAAAUAUAUAUUUUUAAAUGAAUGAGAGAAAAGUGUGUAUAUGUGUGUAUGUGUAAGUGUGUGUGUACAUGCACUGUACUAUAGGAGAAAAAGGAAAGAAGGAAAAGAAUCAAAGUAGUGUUGAAGUUCAGAAACUCUAAUGUUAUACAAGUCUAAUUAACGUUCUAACAGUGAGCAGAUUCCUGUCCUCUAUCUAGAUGGUUUUCAUGAUGUUAAUAAUAAUAGCUAGAAUAAUAGCUAUAACGGCUAUCAUUAUGAUCCUUUACAAAUCUCAUCUCACUUGAUUUUCACCAUAACCCUGUGAGGUGGGUGCUGUUAUUAUCCUCCCUUAUUGUUGAGGAAACUGAAAAAGACAGGUUUUUUGUUUUGUUCUUUUGAGUAGGGAAUUUAAUACAUCUUUUUGUCUUAGUGACUUUGGUUCAACAAAUAUUUGGUAAAUGACUUGUUUAGGGUUUCACAGCAAGUAAAUAUCUGAGGACAGAUUAGAACUCAGGUAUCUCUAACUCCAAACCCAGAGCUCUAUGGACUGCUUUACCUAACUGACCUCCCCAUUUUACAGAUAUGAAAACUGAGUUCUAGGGAGAGGAAGUGUCCAAGGUGACCUAAGCAUAAGAUGAGAAAUUUGGACUAAGGUAACUUUUGAGGUGUCCUCCAAUUCUUUGUUUCUACUUUGGCCAACUCUGCUUCUUCUUUGCUUCCCCUUGUUAAUAUUCUUGUACCAUAUUGACCAAAGCCAGAUUAAUCUUAGUAUUUCCUGUAGAAAUUAAUAUCUUAUUACCAGCGACUUUGUAACAGGAUAAAACCACUAUUGAAUAUACUUUUUAAAAUUAAUUUCUUUUGAGACUUUUGGGGUUAAGUGACUUGCCCAAGGUCACAUAGCUAGGAAGUGUUAAAUGUCCAAGGUCACAUUUGAACUCGGGUCCUCCUGACUUCAGGGCUGGUGCUCUAUUCACUAUACCAACUAGCUGCCCCAUAUACUUUAUUUUUAAAAAUGAAUAUCCGAAUGCUAUUAUGACAUCAUUUUAUUAGUAAAAUCAUCAUAUAUUUCACAUUUUAAAAAAUGGAUAUGUUAGAAUGUUAUUAUGACAAGAUUUUACUGGUAAAUGCCCUAUUAAAUAUAUUUUGCAUUUUUGAAAAAUGCUAUGCUGCAAUGCUAUUAUGAUGAAAUUUUAUUGGUAAAACCAAUAUUAAAUAUAUUUUACAUUUAAAAAUGAAUAUACUGAUUGCUAUUGUGAAAUAAUUUUAUCCAGACUAAACAUUUUAGUUCAGUUGACAGUUUUUAAGAGUUAUGGAAACUAGUCAAAUUUUCUGUGGGGAAAAUGUGUAAUUGAAAGAUUUAUUUUGAUAAUUAUUCAAUUUUUGUUGUAGGUGGUUUUGAUAUCAUAUCUUUCUAAUUGAAGAAAUACAUAUUUUUAUUUGUAGGUUAUUUUAUAUUGCGCAAUUUUUUUGAUUGAUCCAUUUUGUUUUUCUAAAUAGCAAAGUAUUUAAUUGGGACAAAACUACAAUUAAAUAAUGAAACUGGAAAAAUAAACUGCUUCUCCCUUUCUUGAUUCCAUCUAAUGAAGGCUUGCAAUCUCAGAGAUCCUCCUGCUAGUGUGGAAGGAAGGAAGAAAAGUUGUGGUCCUAAGUAACAAAGGGUUACAUUGUGACUAGAACCCUCUUUUAGCUCUGCCCCUGACAAAUAGUCGGGCCAUCUGACUGUAAUUUUGCAAGCACAACUCUAUAAAUAUAUAUCUACAUAGUAGCAAUUUAGA